GUCCGGGUAACUCCUGUUGACGGCUGACAUCGGAUGGCGCAGACUGGACCAGAACCACGCCACGAUGACCUUAUACGCUAGUUCGACACUCUAAGUGCAUGAAAAAAACAAAGAUCUGAAUGUGGAAGAUGCUUUUCCAGUGAAGUUAAUGGAUUCUGUUGUGUGGAUCUGGCACGCAUUCGGUGUGGUCCUGAGACCUAAUACGGAUAACCGAACAAGAGCAAGGCAUGACGACAAACAAAGCGUCAACUGAGGACCAGCAUUAGGGAAAUGAGGUGGCUUAUCACGUUUUACACUCUGUAAAUUUUAGGUUCGAACAAAGGCACGAUGUCGCUGAGCCGCGCUCCAGAUGAGGUAAUUCAGAACAUCGCCAGCCAUCUGAGCGAUCAGGAUCUUGCCAGCCUACGUGCAUCCUGCAGGGCUGCACGUGCCGCCAUUGACGCUCACCCUUAUCACUUCUGGAUGUAUCGUUUCCGUGAACACUUCGACAUGCCUCGAUAUCCCUGCAGCCUUGAAGACCUCAGAGACAUCUACCAGGCUCGCCGCAAGGCCCUUCGCUCAGCUCCUCAUUUCGGAACCGGCAGGACUGCCCAGGAGAAUGAAUGCAUGAAGCAACUUAUCGACAUCGCUCUCGACGCGAACCCAGUCUCCAUCAACGAGUACGGCGUCCCAGACUGCAAGAAUUUCGAGGUCCUGGACCGCUUCAUCUUGACGACCAACAUCCUUCAAUCGAUUUUCCAGCGCAUUAUGUUCAACGGGAAGGCAGUGACGUUCAAGUACGGCAGAAAGAUUUCAAAAAAGGCCCGUAACGCAUCAGGCUUCGACAAUAGGAACGUGACUACUAUGCAACUCUUUCAGCUUAUCAUGACCCCUCGCUGCCUGAGCUUCUUCAUCCCAUAUCCCCGUGUCUACUCAUUUCCAGCCUCUCAGCGCGCCGUUUACAUGGAUCUGGUGUCUGCUCCUCUUUUUGGAGGAAAGUAUGGUCUCGAGGUCAACAUCGAGUGGGCCUUGCACGUCGUCAAUUUCUUCCGCUUCCACGUUCUUGGUAGAACUCCGGCCACUCUGUACUCGGCGUUCUCAGAUCUCGACGAGAAGUAUGAGGGCACCGAAAUGCCUCAAAUGUGGAAGCAGCGCUUGUCUAGCAAUGCUGGUACCACUCCACUUGGCACUCACUGGAAGGGUUCCUAUUCCUACAUUUCCGAAUUAGAUAUCAAGGAGCUCCGCUUGGACAAAUUUUUCGGCAACAGGGUGUACGAGGACCACAAUGUUGAUCUUGGCAAAAAAGGCAUUCAGGAGCUAGAGAUGAACUUUCCAGGCCGCCCGACUGUAUGGCCAGAGAUCUUUGAGAAGCAUCUUCACGGUGAUAGUUUCAUAGAGGGUGCAUUUCGCAAAGCCUACAUCGAAUGGAACGGCCCUUUUGCCAUGCGCAACACUCGCUCGACUGUUCCCAGCUUCCUUGGUCCUUUGGACGCUCAGCAACUGAAAUCUGUCUACUUCGAUGCACAUGGCUGGGAUGAUGAGAAUUUCUGGGGCUCCGGUUUUAUCAAUAUGCUACCAACCCAAAUGGGCAUUCCUGGUUUCAAGCGCAUCGUCAUGAUGAAGUACUUUCCAGAUUCCAACAAUCAAAUCGACAUGAGUGCUCUCUGGGCCUAUGAAGGCGUCGUAUUGCCAGGAGACCAGAUCAUUGUUGGACGCUGGUGGUCGCCAAACACCCCUAUCGACAGAAGCAAAGUGUAUUCCGGCCCAUUCAUCUUCUGGAAUACGGACUGCGGUGCCAAGUACCAACAGGCGCAGGUGCAAGCGGUUCUGGCAAAAUCGAAGGCAACCAAAGAUGACUCCGAUACCAGCUCAUCCUCCUACUCUUAACGACUCUGCCCUCAUUUUUAUGAUCUCAUACUCACAACCUCGCAGCUGCGGUAGAGCAGGAUGCACUAAGUUCUCGAGAGAGCUAAAUAGAUUACCGAAAACCUGCUUCUUUACAAUACUAUCGCAUCACCACCUGUGAUUCCCGCCAUGACGCUAAACACAGAAAACAAGAUGAGCAGCAUUCAAUACAAUCAAUAUGGUUAAUGUUAAUACAAGAGUCUGUCGCUUGUACAGACAAAAUAUCAUGCGAAUUCUCAGAACAAUUACGAGAGAUGACUUCAGCUCAGCGGGCAUCUGAGAUGUGGGUUGGAUGGGACGGACAGAACGAAUGAUGAGAACGAUAACGAUGAUAAUGAUGAUGACUGAUGGUCGUUCAGCGGUUUUCUACAAAAGAAAACAUGCGUAUGGAACUCGACAGGUAAAAAAUGAUAGCAUAAAUCAACAAUUGAGAAUAUAGCUGAAAGCGAUAUUCAUU